CGAAAAUUCUACUGUAGAUUGGGUUUUAGCUUAAUUUAAUAGUCACUAAUCUUUCACUAACUCUAUCAAUCAAUUAGAGAAAUACUGGAGACUUUUUUUAAACAAACAGUCAAUCUAGAGGCGUAAAAAAGGUAGUGAUGUUAAGCGUAAGUGGAUUAACACCAUGGGUAAUUAGAUCAAGUAAAACUUGUUCAAUUACUAAGGUAAGAAAUCUUUCAUUUUUUUGGAAACUUUUAGCAUUAGAUAAACCUGAAUCUAAAGAAACAGAAAGACAUUUAUAUAAUUGGGAUGAUUCACCUUAUGAAACAAUUAGGACUAGAGCUGCAUAUAUAAGAACAAAAGCUCUUUGUCCUGUAACUCAUAAACCAGUUAAUUUUGUAUGUCCAAUUAGUGGAAUUCCAACUCAUUAUAAUGAAGAAGCAUGGAGAAAUGAUACUGAAUAUCAUAAAAAGAAAACUUAUGAAUUAUUAAAAAAAGUUAAUCUUUAUGAACAUGAUAUAAGAUCUGGUAGAGUAUUUGAAGAAUUUACAUUUCCAAAUGAACAAACUCAUGAAUUUAUGAUUAAUUUAUCAAAUUGGGAUACAUUCUUUUAUACAAGAGAUUUCCCUCCAAUGAAUACAGAAUUUAAUUUAGCAGCAGCAACUAAAAUUUUAACUUAUCCAAUUUCUAUAGGAGCAGUAUUAUAUAAAUCUUCACCUUAUGGUCAAGUACCAAAAGGUCCAGUUACAAUUGAAGGGUUAAGAUCUUUAGCUGCUUUAAAAUAUAUUUUAUAUCCUCCAUAUACAAGACAUUCUGAAAAUGGAGUUACAUUUAAAGAAAGAGCUAUGAGAAUAUUUAUACUUGGUGCAAAACUGGAAUCUUUAGUACCAGGAUUUGUUUGGAAACAAUUUGGUUAUUUAUUUCCUGAAAAUAAAUUUGAAAUUCAUUUUAUAGGUCCAGAAGCUUAUUUUGAUAGAGAAUCAAAAACUUUUGGACCAACUAAUGUACCUCAUGGUCGUCCAUUAGUUGAAAGAGUUGAUGAACAAAUUACUUUACAUUAUCAUACAAGAUAUUUUCAUGAAGUUUAUGAAAUGGGAGAUUUAUUCCCCUUUGAUCCAUAUUUAGAUAUAUUCUUUUUAUUUCAUCCAGGAUUUACUACUGCUGAUAAAAUAUAUUGGGAUAAAGCUAUGAAAGGUUUAUUAGAUUCUAAAUGUCCAAUAUAUAUAACUGCUUAUCAUGAAAAGGAUAUGGCAAGAGAAAUUCAAUAUUUAGAAAAUCAUGAAUUACAUGAUGAAAUGGAUGUAUUAAUGAAUCCAACUAAUAAUUUAUUUCCAUGUACAAAGAUUGAAUUAGUCGAUACUAAUCCAACAGAAACUUUUAAUAUGAAUAGUCAAAUCUAUGCCUUUAGAGGUAAAAGAUAUCAUGCUAUUAAAACAUGAUAUAUGUACAUAAUAGUCUAAGACACUUGUAUAUACUCAAACCAUUGGUAAUAAACAUUUACUUCUGUCAUUAA